AUGGUGUACCUUGGCUUAAGAGGCAAGAAUCUUCUUGCUGGAAUUACUAUUUCCAGCGGUUUGGGUUUCAUCCUCUUUGGCUAUGACAACGGUGUCAUUGGUGGGCUUCUUACAGCUCCUGAUUUUGAAUCAACAUUCAGACUCAACGCAACGCUCCAAGGAGUGGUCACCUCAUUAUUUGAGCUUGGAUGUUUCUUUGGCUCACUCGUCACCGCAGCUGCAGGUGGCCGACUCGGCCGUCGAACUCUCGCGCAUUAUGGAACACUCGCCAUUAGCAUCGGUGCUCUUCUCCAGGCCUCUAGUUUCUCUAUUGGCCAAUUGAUGGUCGGCCGCAUUGUCGCUGGUAUUGGGCUCGGCCUCAUAUCGAGCAACAUUGCCAUAUGGCAGUCUGAAACGGCCCCGGCGAAAGUGCGUGGCACUUUGGUUGCUUGUUCUCUCAGUUUCCUCAUCAUCGGCCAGCUUCUGGCAAAUCUGAUCGACUAUGGCAUGAACAGUUACUCUGGCCCUAUCACUUGGCGAUUCCCAAUCGCCUUCCAGGCAGUAGUGGCACUUUUGAUGAGCGCUAUCUUGUGUUUUAUGCCAGAAUCUCCUCGGUAUCUCAUGAUGAAAGAUCGUAUCGAAGAAACCGCGUCCGUCCUCCAAGCCUUGAAAGACACCACGGACGGAGAGGCGGUGGCCGCUGAGAUUGCAGAGAUAAAAGAAGCCCUUAUGCUCGAACUCAACUCCCAAAAGAGCUGGUCCCAUCUUUUCAGGAGCGACAGGGUCAAAUCACGCCGGCGUGUUAUCAUUGCCUGCCUCGUCAACUUGAUGCAAGAUCUUAGCGGAAGCACUCCGAUAGCCUAUUACACUACUUUCAUUUUCCAGAACCCGGUUGGCUUCUCCCGACAUUUGUCUUUGCUCAUGUCCAUCUUCCUGCAGCUGUGGUUUCUACUGGCUUCAACCCUCACUUGGUGGCUAAUUGAGCGUGUUGGGCGUCGAAGGCUAUUCAUGCUCUCUGCAUGCUGCAUGGGUAUUGUGAUGGCAGUUGUUGCCGCAAUGCUUGCCCUCAAUACGAAAACUUCGGGUAUUGUGGCAGUGGUUAUGAUCUUCGCAUAUCAAGCGUUUUUCACUUGGGGCUUUAUGGGCGGUGUAUGGGCCUAUGGACCAGAGAUUCUGCCGCUCGAGUAUCGAUCAAAAGGGAUGGGCCUUGCCACUGCCACACUUUGGCUUUUCUCCUUUGUCAUGGUGGAAAUUGUCCCAUCAAGCAUAGCCAACAUCGGAUGGCAGACAUACAUUAUCUUCGCUGUUUUCAACUUCUCGUUCAUCCCAAUCAUCUACCUGUUCUUUCCUGAGACCAAGAGGCUUAGCCUAGAGCUGGUUGAUCUCGCUUUCAUGGAUGGCACCAUGUCCCCAGUCAAACGUGCCAAGGAACUGCACAAGAUUCUCGCUUCUGGCGAAGAGUUGACGCUCAGAACCGAGGUCGGGGCAAAGACUCUUGACUUUGUGCCUGUAGAAGAAAAGUCUCCAUGA